AUGGUGUAUCCUAUGGUUACAGUUGACGUGAAUGGUGUUAAGUGUCGAGCAUUAUUGGAUACGGGAGCCGGAUAUUCCUACGCGUUAUCAACGCUUCUGGACUGUUUACAUUUGCGUCCUAUCCGUCAACAAUUCAAGAGCAUUGAAAUGAUGUUUGGUACUUCAAACAAAGCGAUAGACAUAUAUGGCCUACAAAUUCGAAGCGUAGAUGGCCAAUUCACCUUGGAAGCCGAAGUAAACAAAGUCGACCACAAAGAGUUGUUGACAUUGGAAAACCCAAAAUGUGCAGAAAUCGUAGUUCAGUUUUCUCAUUUGAAGGACGUAACCACAAAUGAUAACGACGAGAAAGCAGAAUAUACGAAGUUCGGCUGGACGAUCUUGUCACCUGGAACGGAGUUGGAUCUCAGCAACAUGUUCUUAACGCAGACCUCCGCAAUCGAUUUCGAAGAAUUGUGCAAGUUAGACGUCUUGGGGCUAAAGGACAAUCCAAGUGGAGACCAGGAAACCGUUUAUGAAGAGUUCAAAGAGCAACUAACCAGGAGUUCACAAGGCUGGUACGAGACGAGCCUGCCCUGGAAAGGAAAUCAUCCUUUCCUACCGAACAAUCACACAGGAAGUUUAAAACGUCUUAAAAAUUUUGUGCGAAAGUUAGAGAUGCGAGGCGAGCUGCAGAGGUACAACGACAUUAUCCAGUCUCAACUGAGAAAAGGGACUGUAGAACGCGUUGACGACGUGGUCAAGGACGGAAGAGAGUUCUACAUUCCUCAUGAAGCGGUCGUGCGCGAGAACGCAGAAUCUACAAAGAUACGCAUUGUUUAUGAUGGUUUUGCAAGAACAAAUGCAAGUGUCCCCUCACUCAACGAGUGUCUCGAAAUCGGCCCUCCACUACAGAACCAGCUUUGGAACGUGCUGAUACGAAAUAGGUUCUACCCCGUGGCAAUAGCUAGUGAUUUAAAAUAA